ACGGGCAUCACUCUGUUCAAUUUCUUACCAGCACCAUGUGAUUUUCUUUACAGCAAGUCAGCAAUCAAACCCAUUUCACACUACACUUGAAGUAAUCAGUAAGCACCCAAGUCAAAAUCAAAGAUCUCAAUGCUCAUUCUCUUUCUAAUUCAUUGCUGACAGUGACUUACUUUAUACAUAUAUGAAUAAAUAAGCACUUUUGAGCUUGCAAGUCAGCAAGUGUGUCUUCAAGGAUGUGGGUUUUUGGUGGUUUACCAGAUUCUUGGUUUCUUUUGUACUUAAAUUUGGUUGCUGGGUUAGUAAUAAGUGCUUUUGGAGGAGACCCAUAUGUGUUUUAUGACUGGGAUGUCUCUUAUUCUACAGCUUCACCUCUUGGCGUUAAACAAAAGGUGAUUGCAAUUGAUGGAAAUUUUCCAGGACCUAUUCUCGAAGUCACAACAAACUGGAAUGUUGUUGUUAAUGUCAAAAACAAUCUUGACGAGCCUCUGCUUCUCACAUGGAAUGGAAUUCAGCACAGAAGAAACUCAUGGCAAGAUGGUGUGCCAGGGACAAAUUGUCCUAUUCCUUCUGGUUGGAAUUGGACAUAUGUUUUUCAGGUUAAAGAUCAGAUAGGCAGUUUCUUUUACUUCCCUUCCCUGAAUUUCCAGAGAGCUGUUGGUGGAUAUGGAGGAAUCAUCAUAAAUAACAGAGAUGUAAUUCCAGUUCCCUUUGCACCACCAGAUGGAGAUAUCACACUGUUAAUUAGUGACUGGUAUAUAAAGAGUCACAAGGAUCGAAGGAAAGAUAUUGAGAAUGGGAUUGGCCUUGGUGCUCCUGAUGGGAUCUUAUUCAAUGGACGAGGUCCUUACCGUUAUGAUACUUCACUCGUUCCAGAUAGUAUUGAUUAUCUGACAUUAAAUGUGGAACCAGGAAAGACAUAUCGCCUUCGAGUGCACAACGUUGGUAUCUCUACUAGUGUGAAUUUUAGAAUUCAAAAUCAUAACCUGCUACUUGUAGAGACCGAAGGGUCUUACACAGUGCAGCAAAACUACACAAACAUGGAUAUACAUGUUGGCCAGUCAUAUUCCUUUCUCAUUACAAUGGAUCAAAAUGCUAGCAGUGAUUACUACAUUGUGGCUAGUUCUCGGUUUGUGAAUUCCUCAGCUUGGGCUAGAGCUAAAGGAGUUGCCAUCUUGCACUACUCAAAUUCUCAGGGGCCUGCUUCAGGUCCUCUUCCAGACCCCCCUAAUGAAUAUGACACCUUUUUCUCAAUGAAUCAGGCAAAAUCCAUAAGAUGGAAUGUUUCUGCUGGUGCUGCUCGUCCGAAUCCUCAAGGAUCUUUCAGAUAUGGUGAUAUUACUGUGACAGAUUUCUAUGUCAUUCUUAAUAGACCUCCUGAGCUUAUAGAUGGAAGAUAUCGUACUACUCUUAAUGGAAUAUCACACUUGGCACCUCAAACUCCACUGAAGCUUGCUCAGCAAUUUAAGAUUCCUGGGGUUUUUAAGCUUGAUUUUCCCAAUAGACUGAUGAACAGACCUGCAAAAAUUGACACUUCUUUAAUUAAUGGCACAUACAGAGGAUUUAUGGAAAUCAUAUUACAGAACAAUGAUACUACUGUUCAGAGCUACCACUUGGAUGGUUAUGCUUUCUUUGUCGUAGGGAUGGACUAUGGGGUGUGGACAGAUAAUAGUAGAGGCAUUUACAACAAAUGGGAUGGAGUUGCUCGCUCUACUACUCAGGUGUUUCCUGGAGCCUGGACGGCAAUUUUAGUUUCACUUGACAAUGUUGGAAUUUGGAAUCUACGGGCAGAGAAUCUUGACUCUUGGUAUCUCGGGCAAGAAGUUUACAUUAGUGUGGUUAAUCCAGAAAUCACCGAGAAAACGGAGCUUCCUUUGCCAGACAAUGUUAUCUAUUGUGGUUUACUUUCCUCCUUGCAAAAGGAUCAAGCUCAAAGAGUUAAGUUUUCCGAUGCACCACCCACUCUCAAGGGAAUGAGGAUUAUUUGGGCUGCAUCAGUAAUUCUUUUUUCUGUAUUUAAGUCGUAAGCUUUCUACAAGAUAUACAUGCUUUACACAGUAGAUUAGUCCUAGCUGAAGCAAAGGAGUUCAGAAAGAAGCAUUGUAUUCUGGUGCUGUUAUGUUACAUUGUAAGAGAUGAUAUAACAGCUUUUACGCACA